AUGAUAGCACAGGGCGAAACCCAGGCCCACUCUCUCGCACAGAUAUAACACUCUGUUCUCCCAUCACUCCCUUUGUUUUGUUCCAUUCCUCUGCAACCAAACCUAUCUAUCUAUUUCUUGUUCCUCCUCUUCAAGGAUAGGAUGAACAAGAGGCCUAUAACCGCCGUCUACAAGGCCAUUCCCGAUCUCUGUCAUCGAGAACUCGGCCAUCUACCUCCCAGAAAUUUCGCUCUUCGACUUGGCGCCUCUGAGGAUCUUGUUCUUCGACUUGAUGUGCUCAGGAAACUGCACAAGCACAGAGGUUGUGUCAACACUGUCAGCUUCAAUACUGAUGGGGACAUUCUGGUGUCCGGUUCUGAUGAUUGGAGGGUUAUUCUCUGGGACUGGGAAACUGGCCGUAUCAAACUCUCUUUCCAUUCUGGUCACAAUAACAAUGUUUUCCAGGCCAAGAUCAUGCCCCACUCUGAGGAUCGAAGCAUUGUCACCUGUGCUGCUGAUGGACAGGUUAGACAUGCUAAAAUUCUUGAAAAUGGAGGAGUGGAAACUAAGUUUCUGGCCAAGCAUCAAGGAAGGGCUCAUAAAUUGGCUAUUGAACCCGGUAGCCCUCAUAUAUUUUAUACAUGUGGUGAAGAUGGAUUAGUACAGCAUUUUGAUCUGAGAACUGGGGUCGCUACAGAACUUUUUACAUGCCAGCCAAUCCAGGAUAGAUGGAACUAUAUGCCAGUCAUCCAUCUUAAUGCUAUUGCAAUUGAUCCAAGGAACCCAAAUCUCUUUGCCGUUGCUGGGACUGAUGAAUAUACUAGACUCUAUGAUAUUCGCAAAUAUAAAUGGGAUGGAUCUACUGAUUUUGGUCAACCAACCGACUUCUUUUGUCCUCCUCACUUGAUUGGUGACGAGCGGGUUGGAAUAACAGGCUUGGCCUUUUCUGAACAAAGAGAGCUGCUUGUGUCAUACAAUGACGAGUUUAUUUACCUUUUUACCCAAGAUAUGGGUUUGGGACCCAACCCUGAACCUGGGUUUCCUAAAUCUAUGAAUUGUGAUGCAGGUGAACUUGGAUUUAGUCAUGGAUCCGUGUGGUCUCAAUCCAACAUGGAUGGCGAUGAAAAAAUCACCCCGCAAGUAUUUAAGGGACACAGGAAUUGUGACACAGUUAAGGGUGUUAACUUUUUUGGACCCAACUGUGAGUAUGUGGUGAGUGGGUCGGACUGUGGUCGGAUAUUUGUAUGGAAAAAGAAAAGUGGUCAGCUUAUUCGUGUCAUGGAAGCAGAUAAGCAUGUUGUGAAUUGCAUUGAGUCUCAUCCUCAUACAAUGGUUCUUGCAAGCAGUGGUAUUGAGCAUGACAUCAAGAUAUGGACUCCAAAGGCCCUUGAGAAAGCUACUCUGCCCAAAAUUAUUGAGCAGAAACCGAAGGCUAGGGGCUGGAUGUACCGGAUAGCAUCUCCUGAAGACUUGAUGUUGCAACUGUUAUCACUUCCAAGACGAAGGCUUAGGACAGAAAACAAUGGAGAAAACUCAACUACAGAUCGAGACCUUCUACAGUUGAUACUGACAUUCAAUGCCAAUAGUGACAGUUCUAAUGAUGAUAAUGAUGAUGAUGAUGAUGAUGCAGAUACAACCAGUCAAGAUGACUUGUUCUGUUAGUUGAGAGCUACAUAUCGGUCAAAACUUGGCCAUUUUAGCAAAUUGUAAAUAACAUAGGAUAAACAGUUACUGUUGACUGGAAUAUUGCAUACUGUCUAAACAAUAUUCUACGUACAAUUGCCCUCCAAAUUUAUUUGUUGCCAUUUUUUUUUUAAUGAGUUGUCUUUGUUCUGCUCACAGAUUUUAUUUUUCUAUGCUGUGUGACUUGUAUUUUUAUUCUGUAUCGAGUUAUUAUUUGCAGAUGAUGGGAAUGGUGACUUACAGAGCUUCUAGUA